AUGGCGGCGGAAUUUCCGCCGGCAGAGUCCUCGUCGGGGCUGCAGUUGGGCCCGACGCGGCAGAGGAAUUCGGGCGACGUCGACGGAAGACAACAAUACGUCGACCCAGUCACGUUAGGUUUUGCGCAGUUGAACGCGCGAUUUGACAAGAUGGAUCGUCGGGUCGAUACCUUGGAACGACGCCCGACGCUGCAGACAGAGGGCCAUGAACCUGAUUGGGAAGAAGCCGACCACGCGUGGGAGGACCACCGCGGGAAGGGACGGAGCGACCGUGAGGAGUAUGACCGCCCCUACCACCAUCAGGGUCGGGGCCGUGUUCGACCUUAUCGGGGUGGACGCGGCGAUCGUUGUGGGGAGGGAGCGCUUCCCGGCCGAGGAAGCCGCCCUGGUCAGCGACGGGGCGACGCAGGGUAUGGAAUGGGUCGCCGUCGGGAUAAUUGGGACCUACCACAGCGACACGACGAUUGGGACGAGGAGACGUACGAGGAGCGCGGGGUAACCUGCUGGGACCCGCCCCAAAAUCGGGAGCGUUUUAGCCGCCAGUCGUCAGAUUAUUCAUCCGGCGUAAAGAUGGAUGCGCCACACUUUAAUGGGGCAGACGCGCCAAACUGGAUCUCGCGCGUGCAAUACUACUUCGAUCACAAGCGGUUUCCGGAGGCUGAGCGCUUGCAUUAUGUAGUAAUGCUAUUCGACCCUCCCGCUUCGGAGUGGAUAUUUAAUUAUCGGGAGACGAAUGGUUUUGUUACUUGGCCAGAGUUUUUGAAUGACGUGAGGCAUCGAUUCGACCCCCAGAGCUUCAGGAACUAUACAGGUUUGAUCGCCAAGCUGGUUCAGACGACCACCGUGGCUGACUACCACGCGACGUUCGAACGGUAUCUCAAUAGGGUGACCGAUUUAUCGGAGUCUGCUUUGAUUCCAAUCUUUAUUCAAGGGCUGAAACAGCCUCUGCAAGAAAAGGUCGAACUACAGAACCCAGAGUCGUUGGCAGAGGCAAUGGCCUUAGCGUUGCGUUUGGCCGCAACUCAUGAUGAGCGACCACAGCACACGUCGACAUAUCAGCGCCGACCGUGGCCUGGCAAGGAGCAACGAGCCACCCCGGCUCCGGUUUCUAACCAAACCGCCAUGCCACAACCACAGGACUCGUUUGUCCGGGAGGCGGACAGAUCACGAGCAUACCCAAUUAGGGUGUCGAAUGCGGAAAAAUCGGAGCGAGCCCGUCGAGGGCUCUGUUAUCAUUGCCCCGAGAAAUGGGUCGCGGGCCACAUUUGUAAAGUCAAGUUGCUCUGCUAUAUGGACGAUGAGACGGACGACCCGCACGAGGUCAGUGCGGGAGAACAGCUUCCCGGCGAGGAAUUGAUUACGGCAGACUUAUCACACCUGCACGCCUUAGAUGGCCGUGGGAGUUCCAAACCGUUUAUUGUCCAGGGGACAUUAGGGGACUCUACCGUCCGGGUAUUAAUUGACACAGGAGCGACACUUGAUUUCCUCCAUCCACGGAUUGCAGAGAGACUCCAAUUGGAACUAACUCCAAUUAGACCGUUCCGAGUGCUGGUGGGCAACGGGGCAUCCCUGCUUUGCACCCAUAUUUUGCGGGGCACUAAGUUAGCUAUGCAGGGUAGCUUAUUUGUGGUAGAUCUUCACAUUCUCGCUCACCAUGGACCGGAUGUGAUAUUGGGAAUGAACUGGUUGGAAUCACUAGGGAAAGUAUCGGCAGAUUUGGUCAGAAAAACGUUAGAAUUUACUCAAGGGGAUCGGACGGUAUUUUUGCAGGGAGUAAUGCCGGGUCCGAGACAGAUUUCUCUACACUCGCUGUACACACUAACAACACAGCCAGCAGACCAUGAGUUCUAUGAAAUCGUGCCAAUUGACAGGGUUUUCGAGACAGGGGCCACCAAGGAACUAGAAGGCUUUCCUCCUAACCUUCCAGCCGAGAUACUGGAGGUAUUGACGGCGCACCGGGCGGUGUUCGAGCAGCCUCGCGGCGUCCCCCCGGCCCGCUUAUUUGACCACCGGAUUCAUCUGUUACCAGGGACAAGACCGAUUAACGUUCGACCUUACAGAUACCCAUACUUCCAAAAGACUGAAAUUGAAAAACAAGUGCACGAUAUGUUGGAGCAGGGUAUAAUUCGCCACAGUCACAGCCCUUUCUCGUCCCCGGUACUGCUGAUCCGCAAAAAGGAUGGCACUUUUCGCUUUUGCAUCGAUUACCGUGCCCUCAAUAAGGCAACAGUCCCGGAUCAUUUUCCCAUACCUACGGCAGAGGAACUUUUUGAUGUGUUGGGCAGUGCGAAAUAUUUUACAAAGUUGGACCUUCGAUCAGGGUAUCAUCAAAUUCGAAUGAAUGAGGGUGACAUCUUUAAGACAGCCUUCAGGACUCAUGACGGCCACUUCGAGUUUCUUGUGAUGCCUUUCGGCCUCACAAAUGCACCCUCCACUUUUCAGGCGGCUAUGAAUGCCAUUUUCAGCCGCUCCUCAGACAGUGCGUUAUCGUCUUCUUCGAUGAUAUCUUGA